GAAUGGGGAGAAAAGAGGGGGGAGAGAGAAGUGGUAAAGUAGUUCUAUAGAAUUUCUAGGUUCAGGUCAACUCGACCCCCAGGCAAUGGGGAGGAAGUCUAAUGCAGAGGACUGUGGGUUAGGUAUUUAUUCACCCCUGACCACUUUGUCGCGAUUUGAAAUGAUUAGACUUUGCUUUUACAGUACUUAUUGCGCUAACAAGACUUGACGGGAGUUCCAGGACUUUACGGGUGUAACAGUCCCUUCAGCUCCGCUGUCUGGUGAGAUAGGCGCUGAGCGGAGAGAGAGAGUGAGUGAUAUAGAAGAGUCCUAUGGCUCCAUUGCAGCUCGCGGUGUACUUGCGGCUCGCUCUCAUAUUCUUCUUCACGGCGUUUCUUUUCUUCCUUGAUGUCUUCACUGUCAGCAGAGCAGCCUCCUCGUGCGCUAACGUCCCCAGUCAGUUACCGAACAAGAGUCAAACCGGAGAAGAUGAAGUCUCUUCUAGUAGUGCGCGCAAACAGAACCGCACUCCCGGGGAGGUGCGCGAGAUGAACGUGUCACUUAUAUCGGUAUUGUUACAGACACAGGAUGAGAUCACGCAGGGGAACGACACGGAUAGAGAUAAUGGCAAAGUGUGUUUGGAUCCAGUGGUGUUGUCGUACAGUCAGACCAUGUACAUGGCUGGCCUUCUGCUGGGAUCUCUCUUUGGAGGAGCUCUCUCUGACAGGUACGGUAAACGAGUGGUACUGCUGGUGUGUGUGUGUGUCCAUGCUGUGACUGCUGUGCUGCCGGCAGUCCUUCCUCACGCCAUCCUCUUCCUCACCCUGCGCUGUCUGGCCGGGGUCUCCUGCUGCUGUAUCAAUAUCUGCAGCUUCAGCCUGGGUGUGGAAUGGAGUCUUCCCAGGUAUCGUAUUUGGCCCCCGGCCCUCCUGUCCUUCUCCUUCAGCCUGGGUAUGAUGGCGUUGGCACCGCUGGCGUACCUUACACACACCUGGACACAGCUACACCUGGCACUGGCCGUACCACAGAUCCUCUGUCUGCCUCUCUACUACUCCAUUCCUGAGUCUCCUCACUGGUUGCUCCUGAAGAAGAGGCUGGACACUCUGGAGGAGUACAGGAGACACAGUCCUGAGGACAAACGCUGUCUAGACCUGCUGUUGGAGACAGAGGGGAAGGACCUGCAACAAGUCCCCUGGGACACAGACACACUGGAGACUGGCACACACAUACUAAAGGCAGACACGCAAACCCAGGAGGGAAACACACUUUCCCACUGCGGACACAUGAGAAGUCCCAACAUUCUACUGCGCCUGGUCAUCAUGAGUUACAUUGGGCUAACGUCAGCCCUGACGUACUACGGUAUCUGUCUGAAUGUCGGGCGUUUCGGGGUGGAUGUCUUCCUGGCUCAGUUCUUCAGCGGCCUAUCAGAGACACCCUGCUUGCUUGUCCCAUUCCUAUUGGCCCGCUGUGGCAGACGCCCAAUCAGCAUGCUGUCCCUGCUCCUCAGUGGCUCCUUCUGCCUGCUGUCCCUGCUCGCAUCACGCUUCUACGCUGUCCCAGGGUUGGUGAUGGCUCUGGCCCUGGUGGGGAAGCUGUGUAUGCAGACCAGUGUGUUUGUCUCUUUACUCUAUGGCAUCGAGCUCUUCCCUACACUCAUCAGACAGAAGUGUGUGGGCUUGGUGUGUCUGUGUUACAGAGUGGGGUGUAUCCUCAAUGCGGUGGUCAGUCCUAGAGGAGAAACCAUCCCAUUGGCCGCUAUGAUUCUUUAUGGGAGUGGCCCCAUUGUCGGGGCGGGACUGUGUCUGUUGCUACCGGAGACCAGCGGUGUGCCGCUCCCUGAUUCGCUGGAGGACUGUGACAGACAACCCAGGCUACACCUCCCAUUAGCCUGGUCAUCAUGCUUCACAAGGCGCUCAGUGGACACCCCAGCUGACAAGGCCUGUCCAUUCCUGGGAGACACAGACCCCGGGAAAACCCUCCCACCACCCACAGGAACCCAACUCAAAUGAAAACACUCUGCACACACACACACACACACACACACGCUGUUGACACAUGUAUUUAAAAAGGUCCAUGGAACACUGAGAUACUAAGCCGAACAGUGUCCAAUAAGUUGUAAUCAUUUUUGUGUCACGUUGUGCCCAACUGAACAGGACCCUGGUUUUACUGUUUAAACUGUACAUCUGUGUGAUCUGGUCUGUCCCAGCCUGUGGAGAACAUUCUUAGCUCCCUAUAAAAAAAUCUGCAUUCUCCUUCUCUUGAUUUGGUUAGAUUUUUUUUCACAAAUUUCGUUGAAUUUUUCAAUAGUUUUCUCUCAAAAAUCACACCUUUUUAAAUAGGAAAAUAACACGUGAUGUUCUAAAUGCCACAACAAAGAUCAAAACCACUUUUGAGGUCUGGGAAAAAUCUAGGAACAGCCUUUGUUUGGUUAGCGGUGUUUCUGUAGCGCUCAUGUCAAGUGAUGCAGAGUUGACGAAACAAAAUGGCUACUGGAUUCAUGCACAUAAUCAUGAGAUCAUUCUGCCAGGUAGGCAGAGGCUGCAUUGUAAGUUCACAUUUAAUUGUGAAGUUGUUUUUUUUCUUUUCGGAAAAGCCUUCCGAUCUAUCAGCAGACGGUUAUUAUUAGCGUCAACGCUAACGGCUGCACAAAGGAGCACCACACAACACAACACAACACACACACACAGGGGCUUUCCUGUGCCCUUUCAGAUAAUUGCGGGAAAAUACCAAUCAUUGAUAUACUUUGUUAAUGUCAUAUAUUUGAAAUCUUCGUAGGGACAGCCCA